UUGUCAUUUCUUCGUUCUAAAAUUUCCCAUGUGUAAAUCUACAGUUGUUUUUUUAUUUUUUUUUUGCCGCUUGCUACGGUAUAACUCCAAUUAGCAAACGCAAAAAUUUGCGCGCUAUUUGAUUUCCAAAUCAGAUAAUUUGAACUCAUAAAACUGACCACUUCUGUGUUUUGUUAACAACCGGCAUUUCAGUAGUUUUUCUCUUCGAAUCUAUCCAAUCGAUUUAUGGAACCAGAAGUAAAGAAAAUGCGUGUCGAUACUAAAUGUGUUCUUCGUUUUGCAAAAUUAACCGAAAACGCUUUUGAGCCGGUAAAAGGGUCUGCCAAAGCAGCCGGCUUUGAUCUACGCAGUGCUUACGAUUGUUCUGUCCCAGCUCGUGGUAAGCAAUUAGUUAAAACUGAUUUACAAAUUCAAGUCCCUGAAGGUUCUUAUGGGCGCGUUGCACCACGUUCUGGACUGGCUGUAAAGAACUUUAUCGACGUUGGGGCUGGUGUUGUAGAUGAAGACUAUCGUGGAAACUUGGGAGUGGUAUUGUUCAAUCACUCCGAUACAGAUUUUGAAGUUAAGAAAGGAGACCGUAUUGCUCAAUUGAUUUGCGAGAAAAUAUUCUACCCUGAAUUAGAACAGCUUGAUUCUUUGGAUCACACUGAACGAGGAGAAGGUGGCUUUGGAUCUACUGGUGUAAAGGAUUUGCCACAAUCAAAAAAUGGACACGAUGCAGUAGACUCUACAAAGGUUGAUUUAGGAGGUGGUGCUUAUGGAUCGACUGGAUUGAAAGAAUUGCUCCAAGCAAAGAAUGGAAAUGGAGUUCCAAAAUCAGCUACUGAAUCUCAAAAGCCGAACAAAGUCUAGGCUUUUCCAAAAAUUACUUGCCACUUUUAAGUUUGAUGUACAAAUAAAUGUUAUGAAAUAAUAAAACUGUUCUUUUCUAAAUACUUA